AUGACACCGGAUCAUAUACAAAUGCCUCCAAGAGGCUACCAGAACACGCCCGGAGGCAUUCCAGACCAUGUUCAUACACCGCCAAGAGGAUACCAGACACCACCAACUGCGAUCCCUGAGCAUGUACAUACGCCUCAGCGAGGCUAUCAGUCGCCCAACUAUAUACCAAACCAAUCGCCUCUCCAGACUAUGGAAUAUGCCACAGCACCAGGAAACUACUCUCCGUCUCAGGGCUAUGAUGAUGGCUCCAUUUCAAACAUGAAUGGGUACGGCCAGUCUCCAGGAAACUUCACAGCCGCUUCACCAUCACAAAUACCGCCAAACGAUCAUUACGAGACCUAUGAUGCAGCUUCUAGGAGUGAAUACUCUCACAGUAACUCAGCCGAGCAUUACCGAGGAGAUGAAGAUCACAGUGUCCCUCGAGAUAUGUUUAACCCUCGCCAACAGCAAAGUCCUUAUGAACUCCCUCAGCCGGACGACUUUGGUUCCCCUCCAAGUCCUGGCGGGCCUCCUCCGCCUCCACCAGCACACAGAACCAGGGCUGGGAGUGGUCAUGUCAGUCCGCACCCAUUAGAGUCUCAAGGAAGCUAUGGAUUUUCUCAAGAUAAUCGGUCCCCAAAUCCAUAUGGCACUCCAACUCACGAAGGCCAUCGCCACUCUGUACCAUCUCCAUCACACAGCAACUCGUACCAAGCGUACAGUCCUGAAAAGACGCAGGAGCAGUUUCGGCGAUCGGCAAAUGGCGGUUAUCAACAGUCUCCUCCUCGUCAUCAGUCUUAUGAUUCAAGGUAUAAUGGGGACUAUGGUUCAAUGCAGCCGACAGUGGAAGAUGCACCACCCUCUCCUGGCGGAAACUACUCUGGGCUCAGACACGGAUCGCGAGUUUCGCAAUACGAUGAAAAGCGAUACGAUCAAGUCCCCUCACCAGCACCUCUGAAUUUGAGUGGCCGAGGUAGUUCUGCGUCGGGGAGGAAUAGCAAGUCGAACGCACCCACACCAACUCAUCAGUAUUCGAGCAGCUCCAUCGGAUAUACGAACGAGAAUUCUCAGAAUUCUCUUCGUGGCCGAUCACAACCAGACAUGUCGGUCUCAUCCCGAACAUAUUACAAUCCAAUGCAGCAACAGGAUCACCAUCGGCGCCAGAGUGAGGAUCCGAUGGGUAGUGCUACAAGUUAUCAACGACCAAGAGGGCAGUCAGAAGACCAGGCUGGAGCUUCGUUUGCCUAUCAGCGGCAGCGAGGACAAUCCGAGGAUCAAAUGGGGAUGUCUAACUAUUCACUUCCUCCUGUGCCAGCGACAUUGGUUCCUGGCAUGGAUCCUAUGAUUGCACAAGAGAUAUCAGAAAGAAUCUAUGAUGAGAAGCGAGCGAGUUACAACCAGGUUACGGGCAGUUCGGCUCGAGGGAGAUACCACGAUUCGCCCCAGCAUCAACAGAACAAGCCCAAGCUUUUGUCUUAUCAGGAAAACGAUGCUGCGUUCCUACCAGCCGCUGCCACAUACGAUGAUCGCCAAAGUCGAUUUUCCACGGCAACGGUCCCAAUAGUCAAGCCUAGAGCCAUCUCUCCCGAUCCUCGGCCUAUGAGGAAAUCUGUCAGUCCCUCACCACGACCAUCCGAUGACACGAGAAGGUUGUCGGGUAUCCCUUUCGGGCCGGAUUCUUACAAUGCCCUGAACCCAAGUCUGGCUGGCUCGGCUUCUACUCCAUCACUUAGUGCGGCAUACGACACGAAGGUCGUUGACCCUGAUGCAAAGAUUAUCACACAUGACGGGCGGGAGAUUGAUCCAAGUGAUCACAUCCCCGAAUCAAACUACGCGCCCCUGCUAGAAUCAAAGGGUCCGAAGUACGCUUCGCAACUUCCAGAUCGAAACUACAGACCACGACCGAGUGGCCUUCAAACAGUUUCGGCCACUGGCCGCCGACAAUUGAGACAGGCUGGCAGACCUCAGUCAAUGGCAACUUCAUCGCCUAUCUACAUGACCAAUACCCCGCCUCAUGAUCCAGCAACCCCUACUGGCCGUAAUCGUCUUCAGAAGAAGGCAAACCGAAUGUCGGGUCAUCCAGUACAAGGUUCAAGUCCAUUGGCUCCUAUUACUCCGUAUCAGGACAAUACUUAUGCUCAACGAAGUCUUCCAAGAUCUCAUUCGACCGAUUUUCAAUCGAAUGAGAACUAUGCGCCUAAUUAUGGAGGAAGUCCUGGAUACAGAGGUACUACAGGUCCUCCACCCAUUCCUGCAAAGGUACCAAUGAGUAUGAGUGGACCCCCGCCACCACAACCUAGUGGUGGGGACGCCUGGGCUCUUCUAGAAGAGAUGAAAAGCAUCGAUCUGGGACAUGGUCGCGCCAGACGUCGGGGCUAUUAA